AUGGCUUCCCUGGCAUCAGCUGCUCGUGAUAUUCCCCAGCCCUCCGUCAACCGAGACAACUUCACUGUUGUAGCGGCGCGGGGUGACUCGGCGACUGUGGCACGAUCUCAUACCCUCCCUACUCCCCCCAACUCUAUAUCCCCCGCUUUACCAGCUCAUGGCUUGAAGGCGCAACUACAAAAGGCCAAACUCGAGCCCAUCGACUCUGACUUGGACUUGCAUGAUAACGCCAGUAGUCAUGGGCGGUCACUAUCUCCAGCUGCCCUGGAAUCAGCGGGUGCCAUCACUGCGCCCAUGUUGGCAAAGUAUCAUUUACCAGAGAUCCUGCUCAACCACGGGCCUCUGGCUAUACGGCACAUCAUGGGCUAUCUGACGACGUCGGUACCAGGUUUCUCGGGUAUACCCCCAACAAAGGCAAGGAGAUUAGUGGUGGGCGCUUUGGAGGGACGGGGAGGAGAAGGAGGAGGCGUGGAAGGUGACGUGGAGUAUGAGAAGGUGGGCUGGGGACGAUGGGACGCGAAACGACGAGGUAUGGCAAGUCGUGACCGUCAAGGCACGCCUCCAUCUUCGUACGGCUCAGCUAUCCCCAUCUCCAAGGCAGGUGGAAGAGGAGCUAGGGGUUCGAUGGCCGAUGAAGCCUUCCAUUUCUCCCACGACGACAACGACAUACAUAUCAUGAUGGAGACCGAGGCGGACAAGAUGUCCAUGGACGGUUCGGCGUCGGCCUCCUGCUCCGAAGCUCCAGAUGACGAUGUUGUCAUGAACGAUGAUCCGGAAGAUGUAACGGAUGACGAGGACUGGGCCGCGAUGGGUGCCGCUGCACUCAGGGCUGAAUCCUACCCCAAUAUGGCUGCCGCUCAGUCAAAUGGUGACAUGCGAUCUCCAAACUUCCCUCCGAUCGGCGGGUUACGAACUUUCUCGGUCAGCUCGGGAAUGGCGCGGCCACCUCAACCAACGCACCUCGAUCUUUCCGCGUUGGCUUGCGCAUCGGAUGCGCAGGAACGUGAGGCCGUCGAGGCUCUUUUACGACUUGGUUCUGUAUAA